AUUACUUUACUGCCAUCGAUAUGUCCAUUUACUGAGAGACACAAUUGAUGUCUAAAGUGAUCUGCAUUUAAUGUGUAGCAUAGUGGGUUGUUUGUUACCACAGUCGAGCCUGCUGCCUGUGAGCCCUGUGUUGGAGCAGUAAGGCAGCUAUCAAUACAGAUCAACGGCCUAGCUCCACCAACCUCGUCCUCGCCUCUGUAACCGAGACAAACGUGAUUGGACAACCACAAAAUAUUCAGACGUAAGUGGAUUCAUUUCUGGGAACAUUUUGUUAUUCAUGAUGCCUUUCAAUUCAGUUACCAAGGUAACAGGACAUAAUCAGAAUGUACGCUUUCACUGAACCAGACUAGUGGGAUCAGAAAAGUGUUUAUAGUUUUCAAGCUGAACAUCUUAAUACAUCCACUGAUUUUACAGUUUGAUACAAAGUGGAAGUAUUUCUCAAUAUGUUUAUUUCAUUUUAAGAUAAAAUCGCUACUUUAUAUUUGAAUGGAUAAAAAUGAGCACCGAAGCAUUCAUAGAUUUUGUGGAGAAAUGAUGGCCAGCUAUAGCUUUUACAUGUGGUUCAAUAAAACACCAAGUGACUAAAUGGAAUUAUGAAAACCAGUGCACAGUUGAGGAUGAUGUAAGGAGAGUCCAGAUCCAUCAAUUUGAUUAUUUGUCUACGUAAAUUGGACAUCAAACAAAAAACCAAGACGUCAUCAUUAGAAGUAUCCACUUCCUAACAACAGAUCUAGAUGUAUAGACUGUGAGUGGGAGCACGGCCACACAUCGCAUUUUAUCAUCAUUCAAAAGACCGAACUUUCUGGCAAAGACUUGUAAUGAUAUGCCGUGAACGUCAUUUAACAUUACUGGACACAUGACAAUGUUUUAAUGAUGGAAAAACCUGUCAUAGAAGUCACCGUUAUAAGUUAUUGAUGUUGUUACCAUGGUGAUCUAAAGAACCGGUUAUUAGCAUAAUUUCUUCUGACAAAAACACUAUCAGAUUUCCUCCGGAGAAUGUAUAUAUAAAUGGAAAUCAUGCAGAAUUUGUUCGCUUUGACGAGAAUGCGUUGGUCCAGAAUAGACUCUCUGCCGUCUGUAUGUCAGGAUACUGAUAGUUAUUCUGCUCACCAAGGCAUGAUCACUCUUCAGACAUGGAAACAAAAAAAAGAUUCCAAGUCCCAGUAAUCGUGCACAUGAUAAGUGCAAUUUUUGGAUUACACAGCGGUACUGAGGACCACGAGAAUCACUCCUUCAGCAUGUCCAACGGAACUAAUAUUUCAGUGAUCCCUCCGCCAAUGAGGAUGCCUGCAACGGACGAGUUCAUCUCACAGGACAGUUUACGGUCUUUAAAGUUUGCAUUUGGAAUGAUUAUUAUACCUUUGCUUUCUCUUUUUGGAGCGAUUGGAAAUAUUUUGAGCUUAGUGGUGCUAUUUCAACAACGAAUGAGAAGUGCAACCAAUUUCAUUUUGGCGGCUUUGUCAGUGUCUGAUCUCCUGUUUCUAAUGCAUAGCUUGCUCUUUUCCGGGAUCAACAUACAGAUAUACCUGAACCCCUUCAAAGGAAAAAAUGUUCGGAAUAUAAUGUACCCCUUGUUCGGAGCCUAUGGAAGUUUGGUAACUGCUCGGAUCACGUCAUGGCUAACGGCAUUACUGAGUAUGGAACGGUUCAUAGCGGUACAUUUUCCCAUGAAAGCAAAGCGCUUCUGUAGUAAGAAACAUACACUUAUUGGGAUAUUUCUCAUCUGUAUUUUCACAAUCAUCCUGUUUUUACCUUACGCAUUAAAAUACAAAGUCAUAGAGAAAACCAAAAGGAAUAAGACCUACUCUAUAUUGCUGAAAUCAGACCUUGGUACCAACAUAGAUUUCUUUGACGUCUAUGGAAUUCUUAUGAAUAUCCUGUUCAGGUUUUUGCCUAUAUUUGUGCUACUUGUUCUAAACUCUUUAAUCAUUUAUGUGGUUAAAAAAACAUGGACACGGCGUCAAAGUAUGACUUCAAAUUCCUCUGUGCAGUAUAAACAUGGAUCGGGAGAGCAGUCGCACAUCACAAUAAUGCUGAUGAUAGUCACAUUUCUAUUUGCUGCCUGCAUCUUGCCUGGUGCAUUGAAUAGUACUGCCACCCACAUAUGGACAGAAUAUUCCAAAUUUGGAAAGGCAAGGAAUUUAAAAGAAUGUGUUUCCUAUAUAACCUACUUUUUAGAGACGCUGAACUCCUCCGUAAACUUUCUGAUAUAUAUGGCACUCAGUAAAAAGUUCUGUGUCACUUACAAGGAAACAUUUUGCUGUAAAAAAACACAGAAGCGCUCAAUAAGCUGGGCCAGUUAUCAUUCAAAAGAAAGGACCAUGGAGAAUCGACACCAGAGGAACGUGACAAUUGCGAGUGGAAGCACUGAUUCUAAGUACUUUGAUAUUGAGAACCAGAUUAAUAUGGAGCCUUUACGAUUUCUCUCAAAUGGACACAGAGAUACAGAACCAAAGUGACUUAUGCUAUCAGGUAUCUAUGGCUGUUAAUGUAAUCAUCGACUUAAAAUACUGCUCAGAUCAUCAAAGUCGAUAUUCAAUCAUUGAAUUAUUUAUUUUAAACAACUGCUAACUGAAAUAAAAA